UCAGUAUACCCUUUUGUUUUUAUUGUAGCUCCCAAAGCUCUCACUUUUCUUUUCAUCAAGUACUCUUUCAUCUCCUUCCUCAGACGCCAAAUUCUAGUCUCCAUCUCACUGUGGUCUCACUCUCAUUUGUUGAAGGAAUGACUGGUUAAGUGGUGUAGGUCUUGUAUGGUAACAGUAUCUUAGACCGUGGGUUCCUAGCAAGUUAAUGCUUUUUCAUUGAAAAGCUAUACUGUUCAACUGCUUCCUCAGUCGCUUUCUCAUGCCACUGUUUUUGUGUAAAAGAGGCAGAUACCUGCUAGACCAAGAUUAUAAUAAAAGAGUUAGCAUUUACAAGAGAUUCCUCAACUGGGUCUACAUCAGUCAUCCCCAUAAAGCUCACUACUAUGGAUCUCACAAGUCCCGAAUACUUUCAAGCUUUUGCUUCUACUGGGGAACCAGCAUUGGAGACCAAUACGAGUCUGUAUGGGCAAGGAAAGGACAAUCUAUUUGCGGACACCUUUCAAGACCCACUUUGCAAGCUCAAUCUCAAGGAGACAUCUGAGUUUGUCAAGUCAUUUCCAAUGCCACAUGGCAGUGCGGAAUGCAGAGGGUUUCUUGAAGUUCCAACACAAAGGAGCAGAGAGGGAGUGGACUCUGUGACUCAGAGGAGAGUGGAAGCUCCUUCUACACCUGGUAGGCUAAUAUUCAGCAAUAGUAUUGGUAGUCUUGCAAAAAAGAGCUUUCCCUCUAAGUGGGAUGAUGCAGAGAAGUGGCUAAUGAGUAGUUCUUGCCAUGAAUCUCUUGCUUUUAAGCUAUCGCCAGAAUCUUCAAAGAUGCAGAAAGAAAAUGGUAACUUUAAGCACCAAAUGGAGGUAUUUGCGGAAAAAUCAAGGGUCACAGAGGAAAAAGUCUCAAAACUUGUUUCCAGCUUUCAGGGGUCUGUAGCUCUGGAUCAACACAACCCAGGAGUAACUGUUCGUGGGUUCUCUGCUUCUUCAGAUGUGCUUCUUAAAGACAAGUUAAUAGAUGAGGUAGAACCAGUUUUACCAAAUUUUAGAUACUCAGAGACAUCAAAAGAAGGAUUUCUAUUUAGAAACUCAGCUAAUGAAGUGAUGAAAGAUGUUGGUACUGAAGUUAUUCAUGAGGUAAAACACAGAGAUAUUGGGACAGAAAUGACUCCCUUGGGCAGUUCCACAACUUCUAGAUGCCACACGCCAUUCAAAAGCUCAUCGCCUGCUCGCCAUAAUACGCCUGCCAAUAGGUCAGGCCCUUUGCCACUGGGGAAUUCUGAUAGCACCAACAGUAUCAUUGACAUUUCCCAGCUUCAAGCUUGCCAUUUGGCUAAGCUACAAUUUGGGUCACAUUAUGAUUCAGUUGCAUCAAAUUGGAGCUCAAGGGAGGAAGAGGAAGAGGAAAUAUCAAAGAGCCUAAGACACUUUGAGACUGGCAUUACUUGCCGGAGAAGUGUUUCAGAUUCUAGAGCUGCUACAUGGGAGGAAGAGGAAAAGACAAAAUGCUGUCUUAGGUAUCAAAGAGAGGAAGCAAAAAUUCAAGCUUGGUUGAACCUCCAAACUGCAAAAGCAGAAGCUCAAUCAAGAAAGCUUGAGGUCAAAGUACAGAAGAUGAGAUCAAACUUAGAAGAGAAGUUGAUGAAAAGGAUGGCAGUUGUUCACAGAAAAGCUGAAGAAUGGAGAGCUGCAGCUCGCCAACAACGCCCUGAACAAACGAAGAUGAUGAUCAACCGAAGAUGCUCUAGCCACGCUUCUUGUGGUUGCUUCCCUUGCAACACAUAUCCUUGAUCUAAAAAUAAUAGAUAGAUGUAUCCCUUGCUCUUCUAAGCAAGACCCAAAUUUAUUGCAUUGUUUUUUUCCCCUCC